AUGAUAGCAAUACGCCGCGCCCCCAAUGGCGCCUCCCACGCCCUCUCUUCCCUAGCGCGCUCAUCCCGCCGCUCCCCGCCACACCCAUCCCGCUUCACCGCCGCCCACCGCCCCGCAACGACGUCAACACCGCGCUUCUCCUCCACGACAACAUCGUCCUCAACCGACCCCUCUUCGAAACCGCCACCACCAUCCUCUUCUUCUACCACCCCACCACCGCCUCCGCCCAAAGAAGAAGAAGCACAACAGCAACAACCACCCAAAAAGAAACGCUCCCUCCGCCCCCUCAUCUACUCCACCCUCUUCCUGGGUGCCGGCCUCGUCGUCGGCAACAUCGUCCGCUUCACCGUCGCGCCGCCGCCGCUGCCCGACGCCGGCACCGAGAUGGACGAGGCGCUGCAGGGCAAGCUGCGCGAGGAGCUGGACCGCCUGCCCGUCGUGCGCGAGUUCGCGGCCAAGGCGGCGGCGGGGGCGGCAGACGGUAGCAUUGCAGGAGAAGAAGAGGCUGAGUGGGUGGAGGUGGAGCCGUGGGGCGUGGGCAUGCCAGCGUCGUCGUCGCCUUCGUUGCUGGCGACGGCGGCGGCGGUGCUGGGUGGAGGAGGAGGGCGGAGGGACAGCGGGGUCGUGUUGGUGGAGGAAGAGGAGAGGAAAUCGCAGGGUGGUUGGUUUAGCGGGUGGGGCUCGAGUAAGAAGGACCCUGUCGUUGCCAUAUCGGAGACCCUGCUGGGAGACGAGAAGCAUAUGGUCUCGCAGACGCUGGCUGCGAUGAAGGGAUACGGCCCCGCACGGCGGUGGGUCAACCGCGCCACGCGGGAGUCGGUGACGGUCUUUUGGGUUGGCGGCGGGUUGAGUGGGUGGCCGGGCGUGGCACAUGGAGGCGCGCUGGCGACGGCGUUUUGUGAGGCGUUUGGGACACCAAGCCCCGCGAAGCUGACCCUGACCUACCUCGCACCAACCAUGGCGAGCAACUUCUUCGUGUUGGAGGCGGCGCCGUCGCCCACACCUGCCCCGAGCACUGACCUGCCGCCUCAGAAAGACAUGACGAAGCGCCCUGUGCCGAGCGAGGAGAGGCCAGCUGAUGGAGGAGAGGAGUGGAGUGGAAUGCUGAGAGCGGUGCAGGGGAGAGUGUGCGUGAAGGCGACAGCGGUGGUGGCGCGGUGA